UAUUAUUUGUAUAUAUAUCUCACUCUCUGCCAAACCCUAACUCUAAAAACAAGUUGGCCUUAAAGGAUUAACCUUUUAUAUUCAUAUAUUCAUCAAACGGAUUAAGCUUUUCUUUCUUCUCUUUCUUGUUAUAGUGAUAAAAUCAUCAUCAUCAUCAUGACGUCAUCAAUGGUGGGAGGUGUUGUUGAUGAUGAUAUUGACAUAAUUUUGAAACUUCCUGAUGCAUUAAUCGAUCACAUUCUCUCGUUUCUCCCAACUGAAGAUGUGGUUCGAACAUGCAUUCUUUCAAAGCGUUGGAAACUCAUCUGGUAUUCAGUUCCCACACUCUCUUUCGAAUUCGAAAAGAUUAAGUAUGUCAAGAGACAAGACCUAGAAACGUUUUACGAUUAUGUCUCUAAUUAUAUGGAAAAUCGCAAGAAAGGUAUGGAUCUUGUUGAUGAUUCGAGCAUAACUAGUUUUAAGUUUAACAUGCCUAGUUAUUAUGGAUAUCGUAAGAUUUGGUUACUAGAUAAAUUGUUAUCUUUUGUUGUUGAGAAUAAAGUUAAGGAAAUAUAUCUAUUCCUAGGAGGAGAAGCUCAUGCUUUCUAUUACUGCUUACCUACAAUACUAAACGACGCAAGAUAUUUGACUAUUUUGGAAUUGAGCGGAGUAAAGUUGGAUAGUAGUCAUUCAUUUAGUUUUCCAUUACUAAAAACAUUGUCGUUGUUAAAUGUUAAGCAAUCAAAUACUAAAGACGAUAAUGUGGUAUUUAAGUUUUUGUUGUGUUGCCCUUCUCUUGAAAAAUUGCGCAUAAUCAAUUAUUCGUUAUCAUGUAUGGAUGAUCGCCUUCGUCUACAAAGUUUAAGCCUUAAGUUCUUGGAACUUAACUAUAUAGAUAUUAAGUAUGAACUAGAAGUUGAAGCCAUAAAUCUUGAAUCUUUGGUAAUAAUAUACCAUUCUUCAGAAAGAAUAAAUUUCUCUUCAUGCAAAAAAAUUAGAAAUCUCUCCUUAACUAACUACGCAGAAUGUUAUCAGCCGUCGUUGGAAGAUCUUAUCUCUAGUAUUCCUCUUUUGGAGAAUUUUACUUUGAUCAACCAAUCUUCUUCGGCCGACUGUCUUAGAAUUUCGAGUCAACACUUAAAAAGUUUCACUUAUAACGGACUUUCCUUUUUAAGUGUAUCGAUUUAUGUUGAAAUUGAAUCAGCUCCAAGAUUAGAAUACUUUUGUUAUGAAGACAUUUUCGAAUUCAGCAUAUCAAUGGAGUCAUCUAAUUUGAUAAAUGGAAAAAUAGUUAGUAGGGAGAUGCAUUUUGACAAUGACAUAAAAUGUUUUACUAAUAUGUUAUAUUAUUUUCUUGUGAAACUCAAUUGCUCUUGGAAUGUUGUGACGGUACAUGUUAGCUCAUAUGAGGGUCUACUUUUGCUAGAAGAUUUGAAGAUAAAGAAUUAUCCCUUUCUUAAUUGGAAGCAUCUCAGAGUUAUUACUGAUUAUCACUAUGAGAGAGAGUCAGUGCUGAAAGAUGAUUUGAUGCGGAUUUGGCCUUCUUUAGAAACAUUAUCUAUUAAUGAAAGAAUCAUAUUUUAGUUACUUUAUGAUAUCAUAACUGUUGAGAUUAUGAAUUGUGUUCUAUUAGUUUUCUUUGCUUAGUGGUAAUUUUAUGAGAUUGUCUUUACUUUAUUGGUUGUUAGACAUGGAUCGAAACUCAGGCUGCUUCGCCUGUUUACGAGUC